AAAGUGUGGCACUUCAGGGCCGAGGGCGAUAAGCCGGGUGCUGCGCCGCGCCGCGGUCUGUCGUUCUGCGUCAGCCGACAGCGCUGGUCCGUUUUCCAGCUACGCAGAUUAAUACCACGUGCUCACUAAACGAACCUAAAAAUUACCAUGGACGAGCAGGAGAUGAGUUGCUCGGUGGGCGCGGCGGUGUCGCUGGUGCUGGCCGACGGCUCCGUGUUCCCCGGACGGAGCUUCGGCGCUGAUGAACCCGUCGAGGGGGAAGUCGUGUUCCAGACGGGCAUGGUGGGCUACCCGGAGUCGCUGACGGACCCGUCGUACCGCGCGCAGCUGCUGGUGCUCACCUACCCGCUGGUGGGCAACUACGGCGUGCCCGAUGAGGAGGAUAGGGAUGAAUAUGGACUGCCUAAAUGGUUUGAAUCAAGCCGCAUCUGGGCGGCCGGGCUAAUCGUGGGCGAAGUCAGCACCCGCGUGUGGCACUGGCGCGCGCGGCGCUCGCUCGGCGCGUGGCUGGCGAGGCAUGGCGUGCCCGGGGUCUGCGGCGUCGACACUCGCGCGCUGACCGUGCGUCUGCGCGCCGGGGUCACCCUGGGCAGGAUAGUGCGGGGUGUGCCGCCCUUCGGACCCCUCCCGCCGUUGGCUGAUCCCAAUGAGAGGAACUUGGUCGCUGAAGUUUCUAUUAAGCAACCAAGGGUAUUCAAUGAAAAGGGGGAAUUUACUAUUGUGGCCGUAGAUUGCGGAUUAAAGUACAAUCAGAUAAGAUGUCUGACGAAGAGAAAUGCGAAAGUGAUAUUAGUGCCAUGGAAUUAUCCACUAGACCCCAAGAGUUUCGAUGGUUUAUUCAUCAGCAACGGUCCUGGUGACCCUGAAAUAUGCAAACAAGUUGUAGAAAACAUUAAAACUGUGAUAAAUAAUAAGAACGACGUAAAGCCGGUCUUCGGUAUCUGCCUUGGACAUCAACUAUUGUCAACAGCUGUUGGAUGUAACACUUUCAAGAUGAGUUACGGAAACCGUGGGCACAACUUGCCCUGCACUCACAGCGGCACCGGCAGAUGCUUCAUGACGUCACAGAACCACGGGUUCGCCGUCGACGCCGAGUCCUUACCGAGCGGGUGGAAAGUGUUGUUCACCAACGAGAACGACAAAACAAACGAAGGUAUCAUCCACCAGGAGCUUCCGUACUUCAGCGUGCAGUUCCACCCCGAGCACACCGCCGGCCCCACCGACCUCGAGUGUCUCUUCGAUGUCUUUGUAGAUGCCGUUAAGACCUACAAAUCUAACCAGAAAUGCAAUGUCGACCACAUGAUCAACGAACUACUUACGUUUGUGCCGACCGUGCAUGAGAGACCUAAAAAGGUGUUAAUAUUGGGAUCAGGUGGCCUGUCUAUUGGACAAGCUGGUGAGUUUGACUACUCCGGCUCACAGGGUGUUAAAGCCUUGCAGGAGGAGAAGAUUCAAACUGUGUUAAUUAAUCCCAAUAUUGCAACAGUACAAACUUCAAAGGGGUUGGCUGAUAAAGUGUACUUUCUUCCGAUUACACCUGAAUAUGUAGAACAAGUGAUAAAAGCAGAACGCCCGACUGGUGUGCUACUUACAUUUGGAGGUCAAACUGCAUUGAACUGUGGAGUGCAGCUGAAAAAAUCAGGUGUUUUUGAAAAAUAUAAUGUAAAUGUUUUGGGAACACCAAUUCAAUCUAUUAUUGAUACAGAGGACCGAAAAAUAUUUGCUGAAAAAGUUAAUGCUAUUGGAGAAAAAGUAGCUCCCAGCGCUGCUGUGUCAAGUGUAGAAGAAGCUAUUGCAGCAGCCAAUCAAAUAGGAUAUCCCGUAAUGUCUAGGGCGGCUUUCUCAUUGGGAGGUCUGGGUUCAGGGUUUGCUAACAACGAAGAAGAAUUGAGAGCUCUGGCUCAUCAGGGAUUAUCACACUCUGAUCAACUCAUUAUUGAUAAAUCACUAAAAGGGUGGAAAGAAGUAGAGUAUGAAGUCGUUAGAGAUGCAUAUGAUAACUGUAUUACAGUUUGUAACAUGGAAAACGUUGAUCCUUUGGGAAUUCACACAGGAGAAUCUAUUGUUGUGGCACCAAGUCAGACAUUAUCUAACCGGGAAUAUUAUAUGUUGCGAAACACGGCUAUCAAAGUAAUUCGCCACUUUGGAGUUGUAGGAGAGUGCAAUAUUCAGUAUGCAUUAAAUCCUUACUCAGAAGAAUUUUACAUUAUUGAAGUAAAUGCCCGAUUAUCAAGAAGUUCAGCCUUAGCGAGUAAAGCAACAGGGUAUCCGUUAGCGUAUGUUGCGGCUAAACUGGCUCUCGGAAUCCCGUUACCGGAGAUCAAAAAUUCCGUUACUGGAGUAACAACAGCGUGCUUUGAACCUAGCUUAGAUUACUGUGUGGUUAAAAUACCUAGAUGGGAUCUUGCUAAGUUCAACAGAGUAAGCACUAAAAUUGGAAGCUCUAUGAAGAGUGUGGGUGAAGUCAUGUCUAUCGGACGUAAUUUUGAGGAAGCUUUUCAAAAAGCACUUCGCAUGGUUGAUGAAAACGUGAAUGGGUUUGACCCCAACAUAAAAAAGGUUAACGACGAUGAACUGAGAGAACCAACAGAUAAAAGAAUGUUUGUUUUAGCAGCAGCUAUAAAAGAAGGAUACUCGAUUGAAAAGCUUUACGAACUAACAAAAAUAGACAGAUGGUUUUUGGUGAAAUUAAAACGUAUCAUUGAUUAUUAUACGGUACUGGAAGCUUCGAGUCAUGACAAAAUCAGCAUUGCAAUUCUGAAGGAAGCAAAGCAGAUUGGAUUUUCUGACAAACAAAUAGCUGCUGCCAUUAAAAGUACAGAGUUAGCAGUAAGGAAACUAAGAGAGGAACACAAGAUUUCUCCGUUCGUGAAACGAAUUGAUACUGUGGCUGCAGAAUGGCCAGCAACUACUAACUACUUAUAUGUUACUUACAAUGGCAGUACUCAUGAUAUCGAUUUUCCGGGAGAUGCAGUAAUGGUCCUAGGAUCUGGAGUCUACAGAAUCGGAAGUUCCGUUGAGUUUGACUGGUGUGCAGUUGGGUGUUUGAGAGAAUUACGAAACCAAGGCAAAAAAACAAUUAUGGUCAACUAUAACCCUGAGACUGUCAGUACUGACUACGAUAUGAGCGAUCGGUUGUAUUUUGAAGAAAUAUCUUUCGAGGUUGUUAUGGACAUUUAUAAUUUGGAACACCCAGAUGGAGUCGUCUUAUGUAUGGGAGGUCAGUUACCAAAUAACAUAGCAAUGGACUUACAUAGGCAACAAGCAAAAAUUUUGGGAACUUCACCAGAUAUGAUUGAUGGUGCCGAAAACAGAUUCAAGUUUUCAAGAAUGCUAGACCGUAAAGGAAUUUUGCAACCGAGAUGGAAGGAAUUGACAAAUCUUGAAUCAGCUGUAAAAUUCUGUGAGGAAGUGGGAUAUCCGUGCUUAGUCCGUCCUUCCUAUGUAUUGAGUGGAGCUGCUAUGAAUGUAGCAACUUCAAAUCAGGACUUGGAAGCAUACCUUAAAUCGGCAAGUAAAGUAAGCAAAGAUCAUCCAGUUGUCAUAUCGAAAUUCAUAAUGGAUGCAAAAGAAAUUGAUGUCGAUGUCGUUGCUGCUGACGGAGUUAUUCUUUGUAUGGCUGUCUCGGAACAUGUUGAGAAUGCAGGCGUGCACUCAGGGGAUGCCACCCUUGUUACGCCUCCACAAGAUAUAAACCAAGAAACGCUGGAGAAAAUCACUGAAAUCGCAAGAGUUAUAGCCGAAACAUUGGAUGUUACUGGUCCGUUCAAUAUGCAGUUGAUAGCCAAAGAUAACGAAUUGAAAGUAAUAGAGUGCAAUGUGAGAGUUUCAAGGUCGUUCCCAUUUGUAUCGAAAACUUUGGACCACGACUUUGUGGCGAUAGCUACUAAAGUGAUUCUAGGACUACCCGUGGAACCAGUUAAUGUAAUGGGUGGUUGUGGGAAGGUCGGUGUUAAAGUUCCUCAGUUUUCGUUUUCACGUCUGGCCGGCGCUGAUGUUACACUUGGUGUAGAAAUGGCUUCCACUGGAGAAGUAGCGUGUUUUGGUGAAAAUCGCUAUGAAGCAUAUUUGAAAUCUCUAAUGAGCACAGGAUUUAGGAUUCCGAAAAAAGCUAUUCUGCUAUCAGUUGGAACGUACAAGCACAAAAUGGAUUUACUACCAAGCGUACGAACUCUUCACCAAAUGGGAUAUAAACUUUACGCUAGUAUGGGAACCGGAGAUUUUUACACGGAACAUGGGAUAGAGGUAGAAAGUGUACAAUGGACAUUCGACCACAUCGGUGACGCGGAAGACGACCGUUCGGACGGGGAGCUGAUGCACCUGGCAGACUUCAUGGCUCGCCGGCAGCUGGACCUGGUCAUCAACCUGCCCAUGCGCGGGGCCGCCAGGAGAGUCUCCUCGUUCAGUACUCAUGGCUACAGGACGAGAAGAUUGGCUGUGGACUACGCGGUGCCCUUGGUCACUGAUGUGAAGUGCGCUAAGCUAUUAGUCCAGGCUAUGAAAAGAUGUGGCGGUGCUCCCCUAAUGAAAACGCACACCGAUUGCAUGACUUCACGGAACAUCAUCAAGCUUCCAGGCUUCAUUGAUGUCCAUGUCCACGUCAGAGAGCCUGGAGCUACUUACAAAGAAGACUUCUCGUCCUGUACUGCCUCAGCCCUCGCCGGGGGUGUCACUAUGAUCUGCGCCAUGCCCAACACUAACCCACCGCUAAUUGACCGUGGCUCCUUCGAUUAUGUGUCAGCUCUAGCCAGGGUGAGUGCCCGUUGUGACUACGCUCUAUACGUCGGUGCAUCAUCCAGUAACUGUGAUACAGCAGCAGAGCUAGCUCCUCAAGCGGCAUCGUUGAAAAUGUAUCUCAAUCAAACAUUCACGACUCUCACACUCGACGACAUGACAGUGUGGCAGCGCCACCUUCAGAAUUGGCCUAAAAAAAUGCCAGUGUGUGCUCAUGCAGAACGAGAAAAAACUGGUGCUGUUAUUUUGAUGGCAUCUUUGUUGGAUCGUCCGAUACAUAUUUGCCACCUUGCAAGGAAAGAGGAGAUAAUGAUCGUCAAAGCUGCUAAAGAGCGUGGAUUAAAAGUAACUUGUGAAGUGUGUCCCCAUCAUUUGUUCUUGAGCACCGACGACUUGGACCGAAUUGGAAUGGGUCGGUCAGAGGUCAGACCAGUGCUCUGCAGUCCUGAGGAUCAGGCAGCUCUAUGGAAAAACUUGGACGUGAUUGAUGUUUUCGCAACCGACCAUGCUCCACACUCCGUUGAUGAAAAGAACUCUGAGAAACCUCCCCCGGGCUUCCCGGGUCUAGAAACCAUUCUUCCUCUACUACUAAAUGCUGUUCACGAAGGUCGCAUGACAAUAGAAGAUCUAAUAAACAAAUUCCACAGAAACCCUCGAAAGAUAUUCAAUUUACCAGAACAGCCAAACACUUACGUUGAAGUUGAUAUGGACUACGAAUGGACGAUACCAACGGCUAUGGAAUUCACAAAGUCGAAAUGGACACCUUUUGCUGGUAUGAAGGUUUGUGGGGCGGUACAUCGCGUCACACUGCGAGGAGAAAUCGCUUACGUGGAAGGACAAAUUCUUGUACCACCAGGCUUUGGACAGAAUGUCCGGGAAUGGCCAGCACCUAAAAAGCAGUCAUUCCCAUCAUUUGCGAUAGAAAAGAUUGAAAAAGAACUCAGCCGUCCUAACUCCGCAUUAGAUCACUCCGCAGAAUUGAGUAAAUUGAGUGACUUAGAAAUCGAUCAAAUUGAGCACAGUAAAUCGGAUGUGCAAGGAAAGCUGAAUGUGCACUUUAACGAGAUGAGGAGCAUGUCUCCGCUGCCGCAGCCCACGUCGGGCCGGCAGCGCUGCGACAGCUCGUCCUACUACCCGCCGCCCACCGCCGUCACCUCGCACGGCGCCAGGCAACGCAGCGAACUAUACGGCAAGAGCAUCCUCACUGUUGACCUAUUCGGUAAAGAAACUUUGAACGACAUAUUCAACUUGGCCCAGUUUAUGAAGACCAGCGUUAGCAAAGGACGAGUAUUAGAUGACAUACUACGAGGUAAAGUGAUGUCCUCGGUAUUCUAUGAAGUGAGUACGCGAACGAGCUGCAGUUUCGCGGCCGCCAUGCAGCGGCUGGGCGGGUCCGUCAUCCACACCGACGCCACCAGUUCAUCCGCCAAGAAAGGGGAAACCUUGGAGGACAGCGUCGCCGUGAUGGCGAGCUACUCGGACGUGGUCGUGCUGCGACACCCGGAGCCUGGCGCAGUUGCACGUGCAGCACGUCACUGUCGAAAGCCAAUUAUUAACGCUGGAGAUGGAGUGGGAGAGCACCCAACCCAAGCGUUACUGGACAUUUUCACGAUACGUGAAGAGAUUGGUACCGUCAACGGUUUAACAAUCACAAUGGUUGGAGAUCUUAAAAAUGGACGCACCGUUCAUUCCUUGGCACGACUCCUGACAUUGUACCAAGUUCAGCUGCAAUACGUCAGUCCUCCCGGCCUGGGGAUGCCCAAACAUAUUAUGGACUUCGUGGCUUCAAAGGGCAUACCGCAAAAAGUGUACGAGCGAUUGGAAGAUGUGCUUUCCGAGACACAUGUAUUGUACAUGACUAGAAUACAACGGGAAAGAUUCGACAGCGACGAGGAAUAUCAAAAGGCGAGUGGCGUGUUAGUUGUGACGCCUCAGCUGAUGACGUUGGCGCGGCGCCGCAUGGUGGUGAUGCACCCGCUGCCGCGCGUGGACGAGAUCUCCCCGCAGUUCGACUCCGACCCGCGCGCCGCCUACUUCCGCCAGGCCGAGUACGGCAUGUACGUGCGCAUGGCGCUGCUAGCCAUGGUCGCCGGCGUCAACCCUCUCAUCUAAAUAAAUGUCUAGGACUUUUUUGUGACAGUGACAGUAAGGUGCCAUCAAAUUUAAUAUCGUUUGUUUAAUAAAUGGUAUUAUCGUUAUUA